AUGAAGAAAUUUAUUGCCAGUCCAAUUGUUAUCAUUAUUAUUCUGGUUAAUCUGCUACUGCCAGAUGCAUCAUUGGGAGAGCCAAGAGAUCAGAUGGUCGAUUUAAUGUGUGGGAACCAACCUCCGACCAACUCCACCAUUUCUGUCGGAAAUUUCGUUCUCACAAUGGAAAACAUAAGUGUGCAAAUGCGAACUUCAGGCUUUGGCGUAGCAGUAACAGGCUCCGGACCGAACAUUAAUUAUGGACUAGCACAAUGCUAUGGUGAUCUUUCUUUACUCGAUUGUUUCUUAUGCUACGCUUAUGCGCGCUCAAUUCUUCCUCGGUGUGACCCUGUCAAUAGCGGAAGGGUUUACCUCGAUGGCUGCUUUAUGCGAGCUGAGAAUUACAGUUUCUAUCAAGAAUAUACUGGACCAUAUGACAGGACCAUCUGUGGGAAUAGAACUCAAAAGAAUUCCGCAUUUCAGGUAUCUGCAAGAAAGGCUGUGGCACAGGCAGUUUCAGCAGCACCAAACAACAAUGGCUAUGCACGGGAUCAAGUGCCCGUGUCCGGGACAGCAAAUGAAUCGGCUUAUGUUCUUGCUAAUUGCUGGAGGACGCUUAGCGCUAGUUCUUGCAGUGCUUGUUUACAGAAUGCAUCAGCCUCUAUAUUGGGAUGCUUGCCACGGUCCGAGGGCCGGGCGCUGAAUACGGGGUGCUUUGUUAGGUACUCUGACAUUAACUUUCUUAAUCCUAUGCCGGGAAAUGGAAUUCCAAGAGGGACAAUAACGGUAGUUGUAGUAGCAGCUGUUAGUUCAGUAGGUGUUUUGGUUAUUGGAGCAGUAAUUGGAGUUUAUAUAUGGAAGCACAGAACAAUACAGAAGAAGAGAAAAGGUUCGAGUGAUGCAGAAAAACUGGCAAAAACCCUUCACCAUAACAGCUUGAACUUCAAAUAUUCCACACUUGAGAAAGCAACUAGUUCUUUUGAUGAAGCCAACAAGCUUGGGCAAGGUGGAUAUGGAGCAGUGUAUAAGGGAGUUUUGCGAGAUGGAAGAGAAAUUGCUGUGAAGAGGCUUUACUUUAACAACAAACAUAGAGCAGCUGAUUUCUACAACGAAGUCAACAUUAUCAGCAGUGUCGAGCACAAAAAUCUGGUCAGGUUGUUGGGAUGCAGUUGCUCGGGACCUGAAAGUCUUCUUGUAUAUGAAUUUUUACCAAACAAGAGUCUAGAUUCCUUCAUCUUCGAUCCGAUCAAAGGAAAAUCAUUAAAUUGGGAGAAGAGAUUUGAGAUAAUUAUAGGGACUACAGAAGGACUCCGUGCUAAAAUUGCUGAUUUUGGGUUGGCGAGGUCUUUUCCAGAAGGUAAAAGUCAUAUCAGCACUGCUAUUGCAGGAACAUUAGGAUAUAUGGCUCCAGAAUACUUGGCCAAUGGCCAGUUAACAGAAAAGGUAGAUGUGUAUAGCUUUGGUGUACUUCUUCUUGAAAUUGUCACAGCUAGACAAAACAACAAUAGCAGAGCCUUCGAGAACUCAGACAGCUUAGCAACUCUUGUAUGGAAGCAUUUCCAGCAAAGAACAGUAGACGAGCUGUUUGAUCCAAACAUAAUACUGCAUAAUUGUCAUAACUUCGAUGUUAAGAAUGAGAUUCUAAGGGUUGUUCAUGUCGGGCUCCUGUGCACUCAAGAGAUCCCGUCCCUACGGCCAUCCAUGUCUAGAGCGCUACAGAUGCUGGUAAAGAAAGAAGAGCACCUCCCUGCACCGACUAAUCCCCCUUUCAUGAAUGAGAUGACCAUGGAACUUAAUAAUGUGCCCGAAAAUCCAUCUUCCCAUUCGAUUGCAAGCAUUUCUCAUAGCAUUUUCUAUCCCAGAUGA